GUAUCGGUACCUGAGGCUGGUUGGCAUCUUUGUUUUAACUAAUUUAGUUCACACAUUUUUAAUUGAACAAUUUGAGAAUAGUUUACCGUGCGAGUGAAAGGCAAGAAGAAAGUGUUGCAACUGCCGAGCGAAACUGGUGUGGAAGCAGUUGCGCGUGCCGUAAAUUUAUGAUUUGUCCACGAGGGGGUAGCGAAAAACACAGGGCGACGAAAAUCUUGCAUAAUUUUCUGCCCUUGCCUCCCAGCAGUGUGUAGUAUUGUGUGCGCUAUUCUUCGGGUUUUGGGAGGAUCUAAUUUUAUCGCCCGUUCGUUGAAAUGAAGAAAGAAAAGUGAACAAGGAUUACUACUGCCUGUAAUAUCGAAACACGGGUGGGGGGAGGAAAAGGAUUGGCAGAAGCAUAUUUGCAAGUUUUGUGGUGGUUUUUCCAUGGCCCUUAACAUUUUAUGACGGCCAACCAACUGAUGUUUAGGUUUUUCGAUAGUGCUGUGUGAUUGAAUUUGUAGCUGCUGGAAAACAAAACUAUUCAGUGACGAAGUGGGUGGGGCUUUGGUGAUUGCUAUGUGUUACGAGUUGCUAUAAAUCGAAAGCUGUAUAUCUGGAGUGAAUGUAAAACACACAGCGCUUUUACCUCCCAGGAGAGUAGUUUGUGAUCCACCGUGUUCGUUCGUCAAAUCGAUUCAUAUGACUACCGAAAUCAGGUGAAUACAAAAAAAGAGCGCAUGGUGAAUCGAAGCGGGCAGCAGCAGCAGCAGCAAACAGAGAAACCAGCCUAGCGAAGGUUACUUUUGAUUUUCGGCUGCCACAGCGACGCGCUUGCCUAGGAUGGGUGACGUUGAUCCAGAAACCCUUCUAGAAUGGCUGUCGAUGGGCCAGGGGGACGAGCGGGACAUGCAGCUGAUUGCUCUCGAGCAGCUCUGCAUGUUGCUGCUAAUGUCGGACAAUGUAGAUAGAUGUUUUGAAAGUUGUCCACCGAGAACGUUCCUUCCGGCGUUGUGUAAAAUAUUUUUGGAUGAGCUGGCCCCAGAAAACGUACUGGAGGUGACGGCACGAGCAAUCACCUACUAUCUGGACGUUUCCUCCGAGUGCACCCGUCGCAUCGUCGCCAUCGAUGGCGCCAUCCGGGCCAUCUGCAACCGGCUCGAGGUGGCCGACCUGGAGAGCCGUACUAGUCGUGAUCUGGCCGAGCAGUGCAUCAAGGUGCUCGAGCUGAUCUGCACCCGGGAAGCGGGUGCCGUCUUCGAGGGCGGCGGUCUCAACUGCGUGCUCUCGUUCAUCCGCGACAGCGGCUCGCAGAUUCACAAGGACACACUCCACUCGGCGAUGGCCGUAGUGUCGCGCCUGUGCACAAAGGUUGAGCCGCAAGGUGCGAACGUGCAGACCUGCGUGGAGAGUCUCAGUACGCUCCUGCAGCAUGAGGACCCCCUGGUGGCUGACGGGGCACUAAAGUGCUUCGCAUCAGUCGCCGACCGUUUCACGCGCAAAGGCGUCGAUCCGGCACCGUUGGCCGAGUACGGACUGGUGGCGGAGCUGUUGAAUCGGUUAGGCAAUGCUGCCGGAGGGCCACAGAUCUCGUCUGGCGGCGCCACCACUACCACGAGCUCCUCGAAUGCGUCGGCAGCCGGGAACAACUCACAGCAGCAGCCGCAGCCAUCGGAGUCAUCGCCCUCGACGGCGCAACUGUCUUCGUCGGCGCCAAAGUCGGCCCAGGGAGCGAUGGAAGCCGGACGAUCGAGCCAGUCGAUCGCCACCACCAUAUCGCUCCUGUCGACCUUGUGCCGCGGCUCGCCCUCUAUCACGCACGAUCUACUCCGCUCUAACCUGCCCGAGGCGAUGGAGCGGGCCUUCAAGGGAGACGAGCGGUGCGUGCUGGACUGUAUGCGAUUGUCUGACCUGAUUCUGUUGCUUCUGUUCGAGGGCCGGCAGGCGCUGGGGCGCGUCGGGUGCACCCAAGGUCAGCUGGCGCCGCGUGUGAAGCGGGCCGACUCGAGCACCGAGCGAACCCAUCGCCAGCUGAUCGAUUGCAUUCGCAGCAAGGACACCGAGGCCUUGAUCGAGUCGAUCGAGUCGGGUGGGAUCGAUGUAAACUGCAUGGACGACGUCGGACAAACGCUCCUCAACUGGGCGUCGGCAUUCGGUACGCUCGAGAUGGUCGAGUUUCUGUGUGAUAAGGGCGCCGACGUAAACAAGGGUCAGCGCAGCUCGUCUCUGCACUACGCGGCCUGCUUCGGGCGGCCCGGCAUUGCCAAGGUGCUGCUGAAGCAUGGUGCCAAUCCGGAUCUGCGCGAUGAGGAUGGCAAGACGCCACUCGAUAAGGCCCGCGAGCGUCCGGACGAAGGCCACCGGGAGGUGGCUUCCAUUUUGCAGUCCCCUGGGGAAUGGAUGACGGCGGCGACGCGGUCUGACGUCAAGAGCGGUGACAGCGUGCCGGGCGAAGGCGAAGGAGAGCCACGCGGCGAUCCGGAGAUGGCACCGGUGUAUUUGAAGUUUUUCCUCCCCACGUUCUGCAAGACUUUCCAGAGCACGAUGCUUGCCAGUGUGCGUCGAUCAAGCUUAGGACUCAUUAAGAAAAUGAUUCAGUAUGUUCAGCCGGAUGUCCUUUCCAAGCUCUGUUCUGCCGAAGGACUGCAAAGCUACGAGCAAAGCCUCGGAACGCUGCUAGUCGAAGUCAUCGCAAGUGUACUGGACAACGAGGAUGACGAAGAUGGUCAUUUGGUGGUACUUACAAUCAUCGAAGAGCUUAUGUCUAAGACGCAGAACGAUUUCCUCGAUCAUUUCGCCCGGCUGGGCGUGUUCUCAAAAGUGCACGCACUGAUGGGAGAACCAAGCUUCGCCGAUGGCAACGACAAUAAUGAUGUGAUUAAAUCAUCCUCCGACGAAACGAAACCCCCGGUGGCGGCAGCAGCAGUGGAAGUGACCACCGCCGGACAGGGCAGUAGUAGCGGCGGAGGUGCUGGGGUAACUUUGACCACCACCGCCACUCCAUCGUCCGCCGCAGCUCCGACGGUAGCGGUGGAGGACGCUAAAGAGAUUCUGCACGGUAAAGCUUACCAUUGGCGCGACUGGAGCAUUUGCCGGGGCCGCGACUGUCUGUAUGUGUGGUCCGAUUCGGCCGCGCUGGAACUUUCGAAUGGGUCCAAUGGUUGGUUCCGGUUCAUUCUGGAUGGCAAACUGGCUACAAUGUACUCGAGUGGCAGUCCGGAAAAUGGAAGCGAUAGCUCGGAGAAUCGCGGGGAGUUCCUAGAAAAACUCCAGCGAGCGCGUGCAGCGGUUCGACAGGGCAGUGUCUCUCAACCGAUUCUGUCGUCCCCGAGCCUUGCCCGGAUAGCUGUAGGCAAUUGGGUGUUGCAGAGCCAGAAGGAGCAUCAGUUACAUAUCAACAAUUCCGAGGGCCAUCAGGUAACCAUCCUGCAGGAUGAGCUUCCCGGGUUUAUCUUCGAAAGCAACCGCGGUACAAAGCACACUUUCACGGCGGAAACAACGUUGGGACCAGACUUUGCGGCCGGAUGGAUCAACACGAAGAAGAAGAAACUGCGCUGCAAGAUCGAGGCACAAAAGUAUCAAGUGAAGAAUUUGGCACGUGACCUGUACAACCGAUACUUCAAGGCAGCUCAGGCCGUUCCGCGUGGUGCCGUGGCAAAGUUGUCGAAAAUAGUCCAUCAAAUCGAGAUCGCUCUCGAAGAGCAACAAUCCAUCCCAAAGACAACGCUAAAUGUACGGUCUUCGCAGCAGCAGCUGCCGGGAGCUGGUAGCGCCAGCUGGCAGGAGAAGCUGUACAACGCGCUAACCGAGCUGGUGCACCUGUUGAACGAAGAUGGCGUCAUAAGUGCGUACGAGAUGCACAGCUCGGGGCUGGUACAAGCGCUGGUAGCGGUUCUUUCGCGCAACUACUGGGAUUUGGGCAUCAAUCGCAACAAGGCCAACAAGUACCACAAGCAGCGGCUAUCGAUAUUCAAAAAGUGUAUGUACGGUGCGGAUGCAAAGAGUGGCAAAAAUACCGCGUCGAUACUCGUACAAAAGCUGGUCGCGGUGCUCGAAAGCAUCGAGAAGCUCCCCAUCUAUAUCUACGACUCGCCGGGUGGAAGCUAUGGUCUGCAAAUACUCACCAAGCGGCUCAGCUUCCGACUCGAACGGGCGGCCUGUGAGCAGACACUUUUCGACCGUACCGGCCGUAACCUUAAGAUGGAACCACUGGCUACGGUAGGCCACCUGAACAAGUACCUGCUGAAGAUGGUCGCCAAGCAGUGGUACGACAUGGAGCGCUCGUCUUUCCUGUACCUACGCAAGCUGAAAGACGCAAAGCCUGGUACGGUGCAGUUCCAGCAUCAGCAGGAUUUUGACGAAAACGGCAUCAUCUACUUCAUUGGCACGAAUGGCAAAACCUCGGAGUGGGUUAAUCCGGCCCAAUACGGACUGGUCACGGUGACCAGUAGCGAGGGGAAGCAGUUGCCGUACGGCAAGCUGGAAGACAUCCUCUCCCGGGAUAGUGUCAGCGUGAACUGCCACACAAAGGAUAACAAGAAAUCAUGGUUCGCAAUCGACCUGGGAAUGCACAUCAUCCCGACAGCGUACACUCUACGGCAUGCGCGCGGUUACGGCCGUUCGGCACUCCGUAACUGGAUGUUCCAGCUGUCGAAGGACGGAGUCAACUGGGUAACGGUGCUGACGCACACGGAUGAUAAAAGUCUGGCCGAACCGGGCAGCACUUGCACCUGGCCGCUCGAUUGCCCUUCGGAUGGGGAUGGGCAAGGCUUCCGGCACGUUCGCAUUCAUCAGAACGGACGGAAUGCGUCCGGCCAGACGCACUACCUCAGUCUGAGUGGAUUUGAAAUUUACGGCAAGGUUCUGUCGGUCUGCGAGGACAUGGGAAAGACGGCAGCCAAAGAGAACGAGGCGAAGAUACGCAAAGAACGGCGCCAGAUCCGGUCGCAGCUAAAGUACAUCACCGACGGUGCCCGAGUGGUUCGUGGCGUCGAUUGGCAUUGGGAUGACCAGGACGGCAAUCCGCCCGGUGAGGGAACGGUAACGGGCGAAAUUCACAACGGUUGGAUCGAUGUCAAGUGGGACCAUGGUAUGCGUAACUCGUACCGCAUGGGAGCGGAAGGAAAGUACGAUCUGAAGCUGAACAUCGAUGGUUUUCUGGGUGUCUCAUACGACCUGCACAACAGUACGUCCGCCACGGUCGUUGCUUCCGGCAACAAUCAACUCUCCUCUUCGAAUACAACGAAUCACCAUCAGAGUGAAGGCGGUGCUGGCGGUGGUGGUUCUUCUAGCAAAAAGAAACUGUACGAUAAAUCCUUGAACGUCCUCACGAGCCGCAAGUCAAGCUCGACCCCUAGUCUCCCGGAAGCCACGACCGAGAACCGUUCAUCCGUCGCGUCCACCGAGCAGGCAACGUCGGCCGACAACCUGUCCUGGAAGCAAGCGGUCGAAGUGAUUACCGAGAACGUGCUCUCGUCCGCUCGCUCCGACUUGGCCACCGUUGGAAGCGGUGGCAGCAGCAACGAUCUUUCAUCGUCCGUACUGGCCGCUUCCACGGGCACGCAAAACAACAACAACAAUCUAGGUGGAGGUGGCCAGAACAGCAGUCAGGAGGAAUCGGUCAUCGUUCACCUGUCGUUUAACGAGCGCGGAAACAAUCUCGUCCCCGAUCUAUCGCAGAUCAACUGCAGUACCUCGAUGCUGCUCUCCGAUCUGGCUACGAUCACGGAGAACCUAACCCUGUCGGAGGCAGGCGCGGAUGCGAAACAAUCCGAAUCGGCGGCCAACGCCGAAGGCACCAGUGGCGGACAACAGCAAUCAUUCGUUAGCAAUAUUGGCGGCAGUGGAUGCGUUUCGGUGCUGGGAAUGGGUGGAUCCUCUUCAUCCUCCUCUUCGUCGUCAUCGUCCACCGAGGAGAACAACAAGACGAACAACAUCAACGAAACGAACAACAAGAUCAACCUUAACAGCAGCGUUGUGUCGGCGGGAGGCAGUAGCAGUGUGGCCGGUGGAAAGAGUGGCCAAUCGUCAUCCUCCUCCUAUCUGCAGUCGAAACUGGACGUACUGGAUAAGAUGCGCGAGGGUGUGGAUAUGUUGCGCAACUCCACCAACGAAUUUCUUUCCGCCGAAUACUUGGCCCAAUCGAAUUUACUCUCGUCGGUGAAGAUCGCUCUCCCUUCGGUGCAACCUAAUGCAACUUCUUCGACCGGGGGAGGCGGCGCGGUUACGGCAUCCUCCGGCACGCCGGGUGGAACCACUAUCUUCGUGGCAAACACAAGCACAAGCACAAGCACCAGCCAGCAGCCGGGCGGUGCUGAGGUGCAGACACCUUCCGAGAAGUUUAACAACACGGCAAAUGCAGCUGCGUCCAGCGUUAGUGGAGCGAAUGCGUUCAAAAAGUUCUUUAACGAAGCGAAAACGUCGGUUGAAGUGGCGGAGAGUCGUGAUGUGACGAACAAUUUAAAGAACAACAUCGUCGUGGUUGGCACGGAAGGAUCUUCUUCUUCGUUUUCGAGCGACAAUCCCACGACCGGUAGUUUGGUUGCGUCGGGCAUCGAUGGAAUAAAUGUGGUCCCGGUGUUGGUUGGCUCGUCGUCCAACCCGAUGAGUGUCAGUGUGCCGAAUCUGACCAGCAGCAAUCAACAGCAUCACCAUCACGGACACCACCACCAUCACCACCAGAGUCAGCAUCAUCCGGAAAGUUCGACACUUUCGAACGACAGUCAACAAGGACCACCGCCAGGUUUGCUGGAAACGUUCGCCGCAAUCGCCCGUCGCCGUACGUCCGGAAGCGGGGUGACAAGCACUCUAAACGCGACGUCAAACAACGUUUCCUCGACCAACAACAAUUCAUCUUCGGCAUCCUCGUCUUCAUCAUCGCAGCAGGCUUCGUCGACCGUCGCUCCGAUUAACAAUCAGUUAAUAAGUGCAGCGGGAGGAACGGCUGCGGGUGUGGUCACUAGUGGGGGGCUGCAGAAUAACACCAGUUUCUUCGCCCGUGGACCCAACUCCGUCACGAGCUUGGUGAAGCUGGCCCUGUCCAGCAAUUUCCACAGCGGCCUACUAAGUACCGCCCAAAGUUAUCCGAGCUUGAGCAGUUCAUCUUCGAUGGUAAAUAAUAACGGCUCGGGUGCGGGCGCCAACGGCGGCGGCGGCGGCGGUGGCAAUGGAGGAGGAAAUAAUAACAAUGCAAACAACGUGGGAUCGGCCGGCGGUGGUGGUGGUCAGGUGAAUCCACUUAACCCCGCGCUCACGAUGAGCCUUACGUCCACCUCGAGCGACAGCGAACAGGUUUCAUUGGAGGACUUCUUGGAGCAGUGCCGGGCGCCGACCCUGCUGGGCGACCUGGAGGACGACGAGGACAUGGAGGAUGAGAACGAUGACGAUGAAAACGAGGACGAAUACGAAGAGGUGGGCAACACGCUGCUUCAGGUGAUGGUUUCGCGCAACCUGCUCUCCUUCAUGGACGAGGAAACGCUCGAGAAUCGGCUGGCCGCGGCCGGCAAGCGUAAAUCGUGGGACGAUGAGUUUGUGCUGAAGCGCCAGUUCUCGGCGCUCAUUCCCGCGUUCGACCCACGUCCCGGGCGGACAAAUGUCAACCAAACGAGUGAUAUCGAGGUACCUGCGCCGGGAAGCAGUCAAAAACCGACGGCGUCCAUCGCCGACUCCUCGGAACCAUCGUCGUCUGGAAUCGCGGGAGGGCCCUCAGAUCAAGGUUGCCACACAGGAGGAGGAGGAGGGAACACACUCCCACAGCCUUCUCUCUCGCUCGUUCUGCGUGGACCGAACAUUAAUGGCGUAAGCGACGUGGAGGUGGAAUUGACCCAUUCCGAUUGGACGAUUUUCCGAGCCGUGCAGGAGCUGAUGCUUCAGACGAGCAUGCCGAAGCAGGACAAGUUCCGCAAAAUCUGGCAACCGACGUACACCAUCAUCUACCGUGAGGCCAGCCCCGGAUCGUCGUCGUCGCUGGGGGGAAAGGAAGAUUUUAGCAGUGGCGGCGAAGAAGGUCGAGCGACACCGAUUAUCUCUCUCUUUUCGCAGCGAAGCCACGGGUCGACUCUCUCGCCCAGCUCCCCGAUUCCAGAGACGACGUCCAUGUCGGGUGCGGUCGGUGGAGCAAGUGUAACCGCGUCGGGUAUGACGAGCGUUCAGCAUUGUUCGGUUGAGGACGUUCUUCAGUUGCUUUCGCAGCUGAAUAGCAUCAACCAAUCGCUAUCUUCCGCACCGACCAACAACGACAAGAACCUAAUCCCGGAUGUGGAGUCAAACUACCUAAACCCGGAGGUGUUUAUGAGCAAGAAGAUCACUAACAAACUGCAGCAGCAAAUCCAGGAUCCGUUGGUUCUCUCAAGCGGAAGUCUGCCGAAGUGGUGCGAAGAGUACAACCAGAGCUGUCCCUUCCUAUUCCCGUUCGAAACGCGCCAGCUGUACUUUAGCUGCACGGCGUUCGGUGCCUCACGGAGCAUCGUUUGGUUGCAGUCGCAGCGCGAUGUCAGCAUGGAACGGCAGCGUGCCCCGGGCCUGAGUCCACGCCAUGCCGAUCAGCAUGAAUUCCGCGUCGGUCGUCUGAAGCACGAGCGCGUCAAGGUGCCGCGAGGAGAGAAACUCCUGGACUGGGCCCAGCAGGUCAUGAAGGUGCACUGCAACCGGAAGUCGGUGCUCGAGGUUGAGUUUGUCGGUGAGGAAGGUACCGGACUGGGGCCUACGCUCGAGUUUUACGCACUGGUGGCUGCCGAGUUGCAGCGCAGCGAUCUCGGCAUGUGGCUGUGUGACGACGAAGAGCCGAAGCUGAUCGAGGACGAGAUUGAUCUGGGCGAGGGAAGCAAACCGGUCGGAUACUACGUGCGCCGCUCGACGGGUCUCUUCCCAGCGCCGCUACCCCAGGACGCCGAGAUCUGUGAGUUCGUGUCGAACUACUUCUGGUUCCUGGGAGUGUUCCUGGCGAAGGUGCUCCAAGACAAUCGACUGGUGGAUUUGCCGCUUUCGAAUAGCUUUUUGCAGCUGCUCUGCCACAGCCGCUCGAUUGCUCGCGGAUCGUCGUCGGUGCGUGAGCUGACCGGUGGCAAAACAGGUGGUGGACCGGCGGGAGGCUGUGAAGACAUCAUGGUGUCGUCGAUCAUGUCGGAGGAGAGUGAUCGCGAUCGUGAUAUGCUGGUCGAUUCCUAUCAAUCCAAGAUGGCCGCCAGUGACGGAGCCUGGUACGAUGGUAUCCUGUCGCAGGAGAACCUCCAAGAGAUCGACCCGAUUCGCUACGAGUUCCUCAAGGAGCUGCAGGAGCUGGUUCAGCAGAAGCAAAACAUCGAGCAAAACGACAUGCUCAGCUCGGAGGAAAAGUUACAGCAGAUAAGCGAGUUGAAACUUAACACAAAAACCGGUUGCGUGGCGCUGGAGGACCUUGCGCUCACCUUCACCUACCUGCCGAGCUCGAAGAACUACGGCUACGUGUCGUCCGAUCUCAUCCCCAAUGGCUCGAACAUCGACGUGACGAUAAACAACGUGGAAGAGUACUGCAAUCUCACGAUCGCGUUCUGUCUGCAGGAAGGUAUAGCCAAACAGCUGGCCGCCUUCCACCGUGGCUUCUGCGAGGUGUUCUCGCUGAACAAGCUGGCCGCAUUUACGCCGGACGAGAUCCGUAAGAUGCUGUGCGGCGAGCAGAAUCCCGAGUGGACCCGUGAGGACAUUAUGACGUACACGGAACCGAAGCUUGGUUAUACCAAGGAAAGCCCCGGUUUCCUACGGUUUGUCAACGUACUCAUGGGAAUGAAUGGAUCGGAACGGAAAGCCUUUCUCCAAUUCACCACCGGCUGCAGCAGUCUACCACCGGGCGGGCUCGCCAAUCUGCAUCCCCGGCUGACGGUGGUGCGAAAGGUGGACGCGGGCGAGGGUUCCUAUCCCUCGGUGAACACGUGUGUGCAUUAUCUCAAGCUGCCGGACUACCCGAACGAGCAGAUACUUCGCGACCGGCUGCUGACUGCUACCAAGGAGAAAGGGUUCCACUUGAACUAAAUCAAACUGUUACUGUUAAAUGUGUUGUUUAAAAUGUAUGAAAUGAACUGAAAAAUUCGAGGAAACGAGAGAGGAGGCCGAUGGUGUGUGUGUGUGUGUGUAAGAGGAUAGAGCUGCCAGCAAUGUGGAGCCAUUUCCCCUCCAUCGGGGGGAGGCUUAGGUUAGCUGAAUAAUAAUGUCAAGUAUUUGGUUAUGCUAAAGAGUAAGGGACCGCCAGGCGGGGGGAGAGGAGUUAACAUUUGUCCGGUAGUAGUAGCCGAGAGAGCUGAGAUAUAAAGAUAAGUAUCCAAACCAGAUUAUAGAUGAAAUAUAACACUGCAACUUUCACAACUCCUCCUCCCUUUCGCAGAAUAAAGAAGUUUAAAAACAAAAAACGCUGAUGCUCUUGCACACUCCUCUUGCAGCAACACUCGUUUUUUUGCGAUAUGAAUGAUGCAUCGAACUUAAAAGAUGAUUAUGUACACGUUAAAGUCUCCACCUUAAAAUUACGGAGCGCCCGAAGAAUUUAUGUGAACAGAUAUAAAGUUCUUUGAAAAAAAAACAAAUACAGAACAAUAAGCUUUUGUAGAACAUGAUGGAAAACUCGUUUUAAAUGAAUGAUUACCGUUGCCCAUUUAGACCACCCGGCACAUAAUAUGGAACGAGCGAGUGAAACGAUCCUUCACAUUGGUGCUGAAAAAAUGAUCAUAUGGCGAGUGGAUGGAUGCUUGCAAACUAACUCUUUGUUUUAUUCGUGAUUGACCUCUUCGACGCAAGAUGGAUAACUGAAACAGCUUAACCAUUUAGAUUAGAUAGAAUAAAUGAUAACGAUGAACAGAAAAUCACAAAAAGAGGAAACAUUAGAAGCUGAGUGUGUGCAACUGUGUGUGUUUGGUGUGCGGAAUAUGAUGAAAAGGAUUCUACUAACCAGCUCAAGAGUUGUGUUUUUCCACUUGGGAAACGAAAAAAAAAAACGUGUUGAGAUUCAAUCAGCAGCACUCUCACCUGAACUAAACAAAA